AUGGCGGGAAGAGGUGGCGGUAAGAUAGGUAAGGUAGGUAAGGUAGACAAGGAGGGAAAAGGCAAGGAUGACAAACAAAGGAAACUGAUAGAGGAAGGAGACAAGGGAAAGAGAGUAACUUUUAUGGAGAAAGAGGAGGAUAGGAUAAAGAAAGAGGAGAUAGAACUAAUUAGGAGAUAUAUGAUAGAAAUGAAAGAUGUAAGAGAGGUUAAAAGAAAAUGCGAGGACUAUUUAGAAGAGUGUAUAAAGACGAAAAGUAUAUUCGAAGAAAAACUGAGAGAAGUGAACGGACAGGACGUUUCAAAUUCUAGUCACGAGGAUGCCGUACGCUGUUUCCAGUCGGCUCAGGAACCAAUUAUUGUCGAAGUCCUUCGACGACAACCGAGUGGGCAACAGGUACCUCACACGCCCUCAAAGGAGCACGAAAGGAUCACGUGUCAGGAUAAGAAUGAGGGGACGACGAACGGGAAGGCCGUGACAGACGAGCGAACGUGCAACGACGAUGUCAAGAAAGACAAUAUGAGCCCCCUGGUAUCGACUGCGGUGCAAACGGACUGGGCUGGUCUCAUAGAGGAGGAGGAGGAGUUACUUCCAGUUCCCCUCGUCGUUGAAGAGCAAGCGAACGACAGUUUCGAGGAUUUUCUCGCUCACGACAUUGACUUUGAGGAGGUGACGUUGCGGAAAAGCGGGAGUGCCGAAAAGCUCGGACUGACGGUGUGCUACAGCUCUGGUUCCGGCAGCGAGGACGUCGACACCGAGGUUUAUAUCUCGGAAAUAGUUCCUGAAAGUCUCGCGGCCCGGGACGGCCGAUUGCGAGAAGGAGAUCAAAUUUUGCGGGUCAACGGCAAGGAUGUCGCGAACAAGGAGCAGACCGAGAACUUGUUCGCGGAGACGAAAAACGCGGUGACUAUUCUCGUCAGCCGAUGUGUAUACCAAGACGAUGAAUAUGAUGACAGGCGCAUCUAUCAUCAGGGUUCGCCGCCGCUUUCGCCCGAGAACCUGCCAGCGUAUCAGAACAGCAUGAUCGAGCAGCUGAUCCGUCAACAGCAGCAGCAAACGGAGGAGCGUACCAAAGAGAGCGAGGUAAACAACUGCACCCUGAAAGCUCCUCCGCCCAUACCAUCUCACACUCAGUCGUCCACAUGCUCAUUGCAGAACUCACACAAACCCGGCAAGAACGCGACCUCGCCGGCGCAUCAUACGGAAGAGCGCAACAAACAGUGGAUGCAAGAAUCGCUCAAGGAUUGUUCAAAGAGGCUCGAGGGCAUAUCUUUACGCGGCCAGCAAUCCGGCUCGCUAGCAGCGACACCGUCAUCGGUGAAGCUCAUCGAGGCCUAUGCGAGCCACGUGUGGAGCGACACCGAGCACAUCUACGAGACGAUACCAGAAUCGGACAGCGAGCCGAUCUACUCGUCGCCGUACGAGCAUCAUCAGCAGCACUGGGCGCAGCAGGCGAACCACGUGGCCGUCGCGACCACGCAGUUGCAGCACGGCACCGCACAAAACCACUCGGCCGGCUGCGGUCAGCAGAAUCACAAAUGGCACUCCUCGUCAAAAAGCAACAGCUCCGGCGAAGAGAAGGAUAGUUCUAGCGCUUACAACACCGGCGAGUCCUGUCACAGCAAUCCCCUGACUUUGGAGCUGCAUCAGGGCGAGAGAGAUCAUCAUAAGAGCACGCUGGUAUUGUGUCCUCCGCCGAAGACGCCGCAACAGCAGCAGCAGCAGCAGAAGCAGCAGCUCGGUUGCAACUGCCCCAUGCCAGUGACGCCGACCGCGACGUCCGCGCUGACAAGACAAUCGUCCAAGAACCAGAGCGUGAAGAAGGGCGCGUCGUCGUCGCAUCAUCACAGAGAUCGCAACGAAUCUUCGUCGAUCAACGCCAACACGCUACCGGCUGACACUAUGUACACGAACGUGGCGAAUUUGCAACAGACAAUGAUGCUGCAACAGCAGCUGUUCAAACAGGCGCUCAACCGCAAGAACCUCACGACAUCCAGGGAGACGUCCACGGGCGGCGCGAGGAAAUCCAAGUCGCACGGCAACUUCCAGGCGCCAAAUCUCACGCAGUACCAGUUUGUCGGCAGUCAACAGGUGUGCACGUCCACCACGUGGAUACCGCCAGAGGACAAGAGCGAGGUGCAGAUGGAAUGGAAGGUGAAGAGGCGGGCGGACGGGACGAGGUACAUCGCCAGGCGGCCCGUAAGGAAUCGGAUACUUCGAAAUCGGGCGAUCAAGAUAACCGAAGAAAGAGCCGGUCACACCACCGAGGACGAUACCAUGUCGGAGAUGAAGGUCGGACGCUAUUGGAGCAAAGAGGAGCGCAAGCGGCAGCUGGAACGCGCGCGCGAGCGCAAGCAACGUCAGCAAGAGCUGAUGCUGCAGCAACAACAGCAGCAGAUGCAACAGCCCAAUGACUUGCUGAUAUGCGAGCACACGGAAGACAAAGUGUCGAAGAAGCCGUUGAACAUCGUCGAACUAAGCCACAAGAAGAUGGCGCGUAAAAAAACGACUCUGGACGAUUUCACCACUGUGCAAGAAAUGCUGGUUCACGGAAACAGGGUGGGCACAGGUGGACCUGGCACGGGGGGAAAAUUAAUGGGUUUACUGUCGGUUACCACGGUGUAAGCUGAUCCGCGUACAUCGACGUUCGGCCAAGCUGACCGAUAUCGUUACACGGAUAUCGGAGUCCGAGGUAAACGUGAGGGUAUUUUGCGGACGCGAUUAUCGAGUGACUUUUAUACCGCGCAGGGAAAGCCUGAACUACUUUGCGCGGCUUAACACUCUCGAAUUCUUUUAUACCAGCCUCUCGCCCGCAAACAUGUGCCUCGCGCGGAGGUAACGUCGUAAAGUUGGAAAAGAAAUCUAGCGUUCGUCUGAAUAGUCCAUACAAAACUACUUGCUUGAUAUAUAUAUAUAUAUAUGUAUGUAUGUGUGUGUACAUAUGUAUAUACAUAUACAUGAUUCAAGCGCACGAACUUGACUUGGUAAUAUAUUACAUUGCAGAAUAGCUUUUGUUAUACGUGGCAAGUUUUUCCAGUCAGAAAUGACCCGUCGACGUCGAAAUCGUCAUAUUGACGAUAUCGAUUCGACAUCGUCUCGACGAGCCAUUUCCGACUGUGUUUGUACACGCGAUAUUCGAUCCGGUCAAAAUAUCCGAGUAUGGAAUAACUUAAUUUUGAGACGGCCAUACAGGGAAAACACAAUCGGACCGUUUAUAGUUUGCUGAAUGAACGCGGACGUUGAGACAUCAUUGGAGCAUUUCGCGAUUCCAUGAUAAAAAGACACGCCAGUCUGCAAUAAAGCGAGAGGAGCUUAAAUUGUCGCUGUUGCAUGUAAACACGUGUGUGAAGUUUGUACGUUUUAAUCAAUCUUGUAAAUAAUUACGGCACGAUAACACAUACAUAGGUUUUACAUACAAGACGAGAAAUGUUCUAUGGGCAAAGAUCGGUGAUUAUAGGUAUGUAGAUAUGUAUAAUAAGCGAUAAGUGUUAACGUGACACGCAUCAAUAUCCAUUUUGCUUUCUGCAUUAUGAUAGAGAUCGCGGCAGGGUACUGUAUAUCCGGAGGACCAUCGCCUUAACGUCGAUUCCACGGCGUAUUUAUUUUCAUGGACAUCGAACGGUAUUCCAUAUUUAAAGAAAAAUAUAAUAUGACGACGAAAGCAACGCUGCUUUUUUCAUGUGCAAAAACAUUACCGUACUUUAACAAAUGAUAUCGUACAUCGCGCAAUUUUUACACCGUUUUUAAAGCGUUCUGCAGAACAGAUGUGCAAAAGAUACGCUUGAAGAAAUCUGGGACAGCCUGUAUAAGUGUAAAUUGUCUUAUUCUAUAGCUCGUAUGUACCGAGUCGAUUAUUACCUUUUGUUCCUGCCUCCCAGAAAAAAUAAUCGAAUACUAGGAUCCUGUACUGCCAAUGUCUAUAUAUAAUACUGCCCUGUAACUCUAUAUAUUUUAAAGUACACGCGUAUAUGGGGAAAGAGAAAGUGUGAAUCAAGUGUGACGCCUCGAUAGAUCAAUUAUCACGUACUUCCUGACGAGAAUUUACCGCGUAAGUUGUAUGAUACGUUCUGGGAAUGACAUUAGAUAUGAGAUAUAUCGUUGUAGAAAAUAUAUUGUACGAUUUAGAUUUAAGCACAUAAGCGACCGUGCGUACGUAUGCUGUCUUUUGUAUGUAGAUGCGACAUAAUGAUUCUAAACAUGUGUAAUGUAAAUAAGACCCAAAUAAAAUAUAGCAUUAAUAUAUGCAA